CUUCACAUUUUUGCCUUUUAGUUAGUAACAGAAAAUUUAUCUCAGUCAGACCUUAGCAUUAUUUAUUUCCCAGUUUAAUCGCAGUGGCUCUGUGUUGUUAAAGAGGCCGGAUCCACGAUGUCUCCCGAUGACAAACAUCAAAAAUGGAACAUCCCGCCGCAUGUCGUUUCCUUUUACAUCCACUUCAAAGCAGCAGAGGAUCUUAAACAUGACUCCCACUCCUGUGAGGAAGACAUCCACCACCAAUAAGCUUUUAUCACACAGCAGUUCUGGCAGCAGGGACAAAUCAAGUGAACAGCCACCAGCCAACACACCUGUAAAUGAUGGAAAUACUGACAGGAUAGAGGAGGGCGAGAAAGUGGUGCCAGUAGGCCUCCUGGCAGGAGUCAUCAUAAUGAUGAUAGUACUGCUAGCAGCUGUUCUCACAUCGAUCUACAUGUACAGUCACCCCACCAGCAGCGCCAGUGUUUUCUUCAUGGAGAGACGUCCAACCCACUGGCCAAUCCUGAAGUUCAGACGGGGCUCCGGUCGGCCAUCCUAUGCUGAAGUGGAAACUCCCGGUCACGACAGAGAAGGUUCUGUCAUCAUCGACCUCAAACAAUCUUUUGUUAUUUCAGAUAGAAGAGAGAGCGAGCAGAAAGAAGGGUUUGUAGUUCCCGAUCAAAGAGAAUGCUUUCUUGCCUCAGAAAGUUCCUGACCAAAGCUGUAAGUCUUUUUGGGCUUCAGGGCAGAGCUGGUUCUAUGUGUAACAUUUGUUUUGUCUUACGGAUAACAGACGAGUUCACUUUAGGAACAAAGAGCAGAAACAAAACACGAAACCUCAGUGAGGAUAUUUCAACAGUGCAUUGGCUUGGUGAGCUGAACUGUCUUAUGUAAAAGGAAGAAACUCUUGGUUUUAUCCUGCUCUCUGGCUUUCAGUCCAGAGAGCAGGAGGUGAUCUUGCUAAAAGCUCUUCCCUCAAAGAUACCCUUUAUUUUCCUUUUGCACCUACUUCACAGAGAGGAAUGUCAUGUUUG